AUGAUAGACACCACAAAAUUAUUGAUUUUGGCACUUUGUGGGGUUGUUACAUCUCUAUUAUUGUCAUACAAACAAGUUGGAGCCCUUUACCGUAAGUACGGCACAUUCUACAAGAGCUAUUUACUGUUCUCAAAUCCACCAACUCCAAACCAGUCCAGAAAAUCAUCAUAUUCCAAAAAAGAUGGUGAUCCUCAGGUUGCUGCAGAACCUACUCCAUUGAUGAUAACACCGGAACAAGUUAAGAGCUACGAUGACAGACCAUGGAGACCUUUCAGAUGGCCAUAUCAUCAAACCAUGUCGAUUUUCAAGUUGGAAAUCAACCACUGGUUGGACAUGGAUAAAUACUACUGGCAUUACAUCAAGGAGAAGGAAAGAAUCUGGUUCAAGUACGGCAAGGAAAACAUCGACUGGUUGCCAGAAGGAUACGAACCUAGCUUGGAGUUGAUGGAAACUGUCACCGACCACAUGUUAAAGCGUUACCCUCUCUGUUUUACGUUAAUUGAGGAUAGAGGAAAAGACGGGAAAAUUGUGAAAAACGAGUUGACAGAAGAGGUUAUUGACAUGAGCCGGCCUUUGAAAGAGCAUCCUUUACUCUAUGUAACCAAGAUGGCCAAGGAGGAUUUCUACUUGGUGAUGAAGAAUCCUAAAGACGACUUACACUAUUUGGUUGCAGCAGCCGUCCCGUUCCCAGGAGGAUCGUUCGGAAUCAACCACAAGAUCGGGAAACACUUGGACGUAAUUCACAAUGACGUUCCCUACUACCACGAGAAGUUAAAGACGUCGAUGGAAAGAUGGUUUGGCAGGUUGACCCCCAGUUCUCCGGUAGAAAGAGCAUCAUGGUAUAUGACUUGGGAUCACAAGCUUAGACAAAACAACGUUUACAAGGAACCGGAAUUAACGGAGCAAGUUAAGAAGGAGGCCCUAACCAUGGAUCCUAAGGAUUUCCAUGUUAGAGUCGAAAGGCAGACAUUAAGAAGAUUGCCCAGAACCCAAGCAAUUAUUUUCACAAACCAUCCAAUUUUCUAUUCUCUUGAUGAGAUGAAGAAUGAGCCUUUGGUGCCUUCUUUGAUCAGGAAGAUCAUCUACGAAGCACCCGAAAAAAUCAUCAAAUAUAAGUUUUUCGAGAUCUUCAGAGAUCAUAUUGCUGGAUAUUUAGAUGAACUUAUUCAAAGACAGAUUGAUAUGGGUUUAAUCACCAAAGAAACGCCGGUGAAAACGUUACCUACUUAUCCAUUUGCUCACUGGGCCGAAGCUGACUUCGAUUAUGUCAACGGAGGAUUCAAUAACCCCAGCCAAAAGCCAGACCACUCCAAGGAAUAUGAAACCAGUUCCAAGGAUGAUUAG